CCUGGUAGAAAUUUGUCUCCAGGAAAUGAUGGCCGUAGGACAAACUGAGUCAAUGAUUUAGAUUUAGAAUUAGUCGUGGGAUUGCUCGACUUUCAGCAUUACAAUGCUAGGAAAUUAUUACUUUGCUAUCGUUGGUCCUCGCGACAAUCCAGUCUUUGAAACGGAGUUUAGUCCGCAGAUGAAAUCUAUGGAUUCCUCGCAAACCCGUGACCACAGUUACAAGAGAGAUGAUCACAGACAUCUCAACCAGUUUAUUGCACAUGCUGCUUUAGAUCUUGUUGAUGAGUCCAUGUGGACCACAACUGGAAUGUAUCUCAAAAAUGUUGACAAAUUCAACGAAUGGUUUGUGUCUGCCUUUGUUACAGCCUCUGGAAAGAGAUUUAUGAUGCUUCACGAUGUGAAAAAUGAUGAUGGGAUAAAGAAUUUCUUCACUGAUGUCUAUGAAACAUAUAUAAAGGUAAUAAUGAAUCCAUUUUAUGACAUGAACAGCAAGAUUGAGUCACCCAACUUUGAGAGGAAGGUCAAUAAUGCUGCAAAGAAACAUCUUAAUUUAGGAUAGCAAAUAGUCACACUGUGGGACCAAAAAUACAAUGUAGUGCAAUUAAUACAUACGUGUAUAAGAAACUUUUAAAAUGGAAAUAAUAUUUACUUUGCUACUUUGCCAGUACAUGUAAUUAUUUUUUUUUUUUUUUUUUUUCCUCUCCCUAUCUUUUGUUUUAUUUUGUUUGUUUGUUUGUUUUUGUCACAAGAGAGUGAUGGUAAGACAUUUAUGCCAUUUUCAUUGUUUUUCCAAACUAAGAUAAAUGUGUGAAACUGAAAAAAGUUUGCUUGAGAUUAGUAUCUCUGUGGCCUUCAUCUCAGCUCUGGUUCACAUGCAUCUGUGUUUAUUGUUAGUCUUGUUAUGGACCAUUUUGAUAUGAUUUAGAGAGGUGGGGUUUAGAGAGGGGCAGAAAGGGGUGAUCUUUACAGCAGUGACCAUCAAAUAGCUAUGUACAGCAUGAUACUUCCAGUGGUAGUUAUUUUUUGUUACUCUUUGUGGACACGAUAUAGUAAGCUCUAGUUGACAGCUUCCCAACAGACCUGGUGAAACCUUGAUGUUUACCUGAGAUUAUGUUUAGCCCUCACCAGAGUAGCUAAAAAUAACCAGUGUUACCUGAGCCUAACUGUAAGGUAGAUGUUAAGAGAAUCCAUGUAGUUUAAAAAAUAUUAAUUAAACCAUAAUAACCAGGAAA